UAACACUAGUGUCAGAUUCCUCACUAUACUAGUCAGCAGUUAAUUGCUAAUUGUCAUCUGACUGCAUUGCAAGCCUUGCUGACAUCGAGCAUUUUUCUAAAAGUUUGGGGGAGGGGAGAAACUGAGGGGAAGGGAGACACCUGUGGAUGUGAAGUGUUAAGAAUAUUUCCUUCCAAGCUGGAAUAGUCUGUGCCUGUGACAAGGGGUGAGCAUGUUUUCAUGUUCCUAAUGAUGAAACCUGUUUGUUAAUGAAGAGCUGAAGCAUAACUGCUGCUACAGGAAGACCAUCUAAUGCCCAAACCAUGUGUAGAGGGAACGUGAAGGCCUCUUCUCACUUAAGAUCCCACUCCAAAAUGGGUACAGAUUGCUGCAGGUUAAGUGACGUUUGGAAGCUAAGGAUGUUGGAAUUACUUGCACUGGAUGCACAUAUUCAUCGUACCAAAAAUUCCAACUUUCAUAUUCAGCAGGUACCAAGGAUACAGCACCCAAAAAACAGCUGGGCUCAUGCAGAGUUUGACUCUAAGAAUAUUCGACUGAUUGUUUACCAAGAUUGUGAACGAAGAGGAAGGCAGGUUUUAUUUGACUCUAAAGCAGUGCGGAAGAUUGAUGAAACAAAUGCACAGAAAACGUCACAAGAGACUACAGUUAAAACUUACAGAAAUGCCUGUCUUGUAAGCAGCAAUGGGAAGUAUACAGUCUCAUCCCAUAGCUCCUGCUCAUCUACCCCUGACAAGAAGGAGCACCUUCCAAGGUACCAGUAUAUCCGACCGGCAUCUGAUGUCAAUAUGCUUGGAGAAAUGAUGUUUGGCUCUGUAGCUAUGAGCUACAAAGGUUCCACAUUAAAAAUCCACUACAUACGCUCCCCCCCACAAUUGAUGAUCAGCAAGGUGUUCUCUGCUCGGGUAAAUAGCACCAGUGUAAGCACCAGCACGUUGCAGGAUAGCUUUGAAGUUAUCAGCAAUGAAUCCUCGUUGGGGAGACAAUGUCUAAAUCAAAACAAUCUUGGUAUUUUUCAUCUUUAUUGUGGCAGGCUGCUGCCAGGCGCUUCAGAUGCAGGGCAGCUCCGGUUCAUCCGGAGUGCUUCUUUCUUUGCAGCUCACAGUACACCAGUUGACAUGCCCAGCAGAGGACAAGAAGACAAAGACAGCGGCAUUGCACACUCAGCCUCGCUGAGUAGCCUGCUGAUCCCGUCCUUCCCUUCUCCUGGCUCUUCCCUCUCUGGUGGUAGUUCCAGUAGUUACCAGCGCCGCUGGCUGCGUAGCCAAACUACAAGCUUGGAAAAUGGAAUUGUUCCCAGGUGGUACACAGAGGAGACAUUUAGCAUGGCAGAUGAAAGUUGCAGUUCAAACCCAGCAAUAGUUCGAAGGAAAAAGAUUGCCAUUAGUGUCAUCUUCUCCCUCUCUGAAAAGGACGAUGCUAACAGGCAUUUCCAGGACUUUUUUUUCUCCCACUUUCCCCUGUUUGAAUCUCACAUGAACAAACUGAAGCAUGCUGUUGAAAAGGCAAUGAUUUCCUGCAGAAAGAUAGCAGAAUCAGCUCAGAGAGUUCAGUUUUAUAUUGGUAGGGUCAUGGAUGCCCUUGGAGAGUUCAGGAUGAUUGUUUGGAAUCUGUAUUGUGCACCAAGGAUCACCGAACCUGUGUGGCUGUCUAUGAUGUCCAGUACAUCUGACAGGAAUUCACUCUGCCAGAGGUUUCUCAAAGAAUUCACACUUCUUCUUGAACAAACCAGUAAAAAUCAAUUCCUUGCUGCCUUACUAACUGCAGUGUUGACUUACCAUUUAGCUUGGGUUCCUACAGUCAUGCCAAGUGACCAUCCUCCAGUCAAGUCUUUUUCUGAGAAGCAUGCUUCAAAGUCUGUGGAUAUGCUGGCUAAAUCUCAUCCAUACAAUCCUCUCUGGGCACAACUAGGUGAUCUUUAUGGUGCAAUUGGCUCCCCUGUUAGACUUGCACGGACAGUUGUAGUAGGGCGGAGAAAGGAGUUAGUACAGCGUAUAUUGUUUAUACUUACCUACUUUAUUCGGUGUUCUAACCUGCAGGAGAACUUGCUGACAUGGGGAGUAAGAACAGAUGAAGGAGAGCAGGUUCUGGCUGGCAGUGAUAUCACCACGGCGCUGGAGAAAGGAGAGGUGGAAGAAUCUGAAUAUGUAGUUGUUACAGUGCGGAAUGAGCCAGCUCUUGUACCGCCCAUACUUCAUCAGCCCAGGAGUGAUACCAGGCUGUGCAGUGUUCCAGAGUCUGCCUCUCCUAAAGAUAAUCCAGCGGGUGUUAAAGUGAGAACUACACAUGAAACCAGUAUUAAAGAAAAUUGUGAGUUAUGUAUACCAACCUCAUUAUGUUUAGAUAACCCUCAGUCUGAUCCCAUGGAAGUGGUUUCUGGUGAUAUCAAAUUGUGUAGAGAGCAAAACUCACCACAGCAGUUUGUUAAACGAGAAAUUGUGAUGAAUGUUUCAAAAGCAGGACCGUUUAACAUAGAUGGAUUUCCAAGGUCUGAGAACCGUUUUUCUGAGACAGAACUUUGCGGGGAGUCUGUCACAAGAAUGUCCCAGCAUUUAGCAGUAAAAUCAGGAUCUCUAGAUAGAGCUUCGCCAGCGCUUCCAUGUCCAAAAAGAUCUUCACAUAGAAGCCCUUUUGUUCAGAGGGUCAAAUUCCAAAUUGGGAGUUCGCUGUCACCAGACUCUGACUUUGAAAGUCGCAGGAGAGACAUUGAUGCAAAAAUGCAUGAAUUCCAGUCACAACAUGGUUCCAGAAUCAGCAGUUGUCAAAAAACUAGCAUGAGUGCUUCUUUGAUCAAAAGGGGUAACUUCACACAGGACCAGUAUGAGGCCUCAGGGGUCUGCUCUACAUCUCAGAGAAAAAAAACUAUUUGCUACUCAAGAAUCCCGUCCUGUGAAGCAGGUGCUAGUAUAUUUGAUGAGUAUUUCAUUGAUAGCACUGGUGAUGAAACAUUAUUGCAGAGUGGAUUGUCUAGUAAUCCAUGCGAGCAGUUUAAAGCCUUAAAUGAAACUGAAAAUUACCAAAUCAAACCAUUACCUAAAGCAGAUAGAACUUUGCACUCGAAACAUCAGGAUAAAAAUUCAUCAUUGAGGACUGCUGAUUUCUGUAAAGAGAAGGACAUUAUGGGAUCCAUCAAACAUGCUCCCCAUAGUGGCACUGAGAAAAAAGUUGCCUUUCCCAGUAAAAAAAUCAUUCCUAGGAAUGUGAGCUCAGACAGUGCACUUGGAGAUAGUGAUGAUGAAAACGGGACGCAAGAACCCACUCCGCAUGACACAAGUCAACAAGAAGCCAAUAGUGAACAGAUUCCCCUACCACUGCCAAGGUCUGAUGUAACAAGCCAGCCAAAUGAGACUAAUUUUGGCAGGUCGUUGUUUGGUGGUUAUUGUUCAACUUACCUUCCUGACUUUGUGUUACAUGGCACACGCAGUGAUGAAAAGAUGAAACAGACCUUAAUGGCUGAUCUAUUGCAUACUGUGAAUCAUCCUGUAUUAGAUGAGCCAAUUGCAGAGUCUGUUUGCAUUAUUGCGGACACUGACAAAUGGAAUGUGCAAGUAGCUUCUAGCCAGAGAAGUGUGGUGGACAGUAACAAAAUUGGCCAAGACGCACUCAUCUCGAGCCUUGUGACCUCCCUACUCCAGUCUCUGCUUCAGCUGUACAAACUCAACCUUUCUCCUGUUUUUUGCAUGAUGCAUCUUGAAGACCAGCUUCAGGAGAUGUAUUUGAAAAGUAAAAUGCUCUCAGAAUACCUGAAGGGCCAUACAAGGGUUCACAUAAAGGAACUGAGUGAGGUAUUGGGAAUUGAAUCAAGUGACCUGCCUUUAUUGGCUGCUAUAGCCAGCACCCAUUCUCCUUAUGUUGCUCAAAUACUCUUGUAAACUACAGACCUCAGGACAUCCAUUCCCACUGUACACAUUAAAUGCAAAAGCUAGACAAAGCGUUGACUAUGUCUUGGCUUAAAAUGCAGCGGGUGCUAAUCUUGUGUACCAUUUUUUUCCUCUGUACAACCCAUCGUUUACACUGUGUAAUGAAACUGAAGAAACCUUUCACUGAUCAUCGUGUUGGACUCAUCCCCCGAGAUGCUCAGUGCGGAAAAAGCUGAAACACUACAGAAAUGAGUUUUAAUAUAUAUUAUACUUAUCCGUCACCUCAUAUAAACAGAGGUCAACAAGAACACUAUUCAUUUCAGUGAAUGUUUUCAUUGUGGGAUAAAUGUGCAAUGCAUUGCAGAAAGUAGCAUUUGUUUGCAGUAUUCCUUCAACAGAAGUCAGGCUUGGUAUAGAAAGUAAACAGUACUGUGGACAGUUAUUGAUUGUUAUUGCAGUGGUGGAUUUAACCUCUGUAUUUGAAGGACACAAACAGACAACAGCUGCUGACAUGUCUGAGAAAUCCCAGGGGAGCACCAAAUGAAAGCUGUAAUAGCAUGUUAACAAGGACAUAUCUGCUUAGCUUUCCUGGGUCUUAAGGAGAGAUGCUUUUCCUCAUUGUAUUUUAUUUUGAAAGGGAAAUUUUAUUUCUGUUUUUAUUCAUUGUUUACAUUGUUUGUAGAAACCAACAUCUUAAUCUUUUGUCUACUGUCUUAAUUUAUCAGAAGCCUUUAGCUUACUUGUUCUUUUAUGUUGCUGUGGAGAAAAGGUUUGGUUAUGUGAUAUGUGGAAGAAUUACAGAAAGUGGAUAAUAAUGGGUAAUAAUGUGAAAACCAUAUAGAUUGUAUGUGGAACCUCUGGCAAGUCUGUUCUGAAUCCAGUUCUACAAUACUGCCAUUCUGUAAAGCAUUGAAUGUUGUAUUUUGUUAUCCAGUGUACCACCUUUAGUCUCUUUCAGAUAACUUAUAGUGUGCCAUUCCCAAUGUCCAGAGUGGAGUUUACAAAACAAGGUACCAAAAAUAGCUGUUUUCAACUGUUCUUGCCUCAGGAGCAGUGGAAUUUACCCAGUUUGUUCUGUGUCAUGACAACGGGUACUUUUUUUAACUUGAUCCUGUGUUUACCAGUCUACCAUUUCGCUUGUUUACUUUUUUUUGUUGUUGUGUAAACUGUAAAUUGGCCUGUAAAGGCGUGAUUCUGUUAUCAAGACCUAUUGAUAGUUAUGAAGUAGAUGAAAACAUGAAUUUCCUAAAAUGGAUUACUCUUUCAUUAAACAAUACAGAGUUAACUGCAAUAUAACUUCA